AUGGUUGAGCAAGGCAAACCACGAAGCAUCCGGGCGAAGGCGAAGAAAUCGCCGUUCGUGGAGGUAGAGGUUGACGAGAUUGGCCAGGCUAGUGGGGUGGUGUUUGAAAGGGAAUCAGCGCUGGCGCCUAAGAACGACCGAGGAUGCAGCGUCAGCCAUAGUCAUGGGGACGACGAAACACAGGAAUCGGAUGGGUGCGUGCAAAGCCAGGGGCUAGACGAGCAUGGGUGGGUGGACUUCGGUCACUCCCUGCAGCUGGUGCUGUUCUCGCGGCAGUGGAGCCUUGCUGAAAGUCUUGUUGAUCUAGCAGAUCAGCAGUCGAUGCUGGAUUAUGGCCUGUCGAUUGCCCUUGAUGCCAUAUGGUUCUUGCGGACGAAACGGGAUCUUGAGGGGCUCAACAGUCUGAUAGCGAAGAUUGUGGCCUCAGGGGCAAAGGAUUUUGCCAGAGCAAUCCUCAGGACGUCGCUGCUUGCAUCAUGUGUUGCAGCCUGCCAAAGCAAGGCUAUCACUGUGGGUGAUAGCAAGGAGAUCGUCGCAGAGAGAUUGCAUGAACGUCUGCGAGAUUGUCCUGGUGCCGAGCAUCUAAAAAUAGAGGCAGGCGCCAAGGUGCAGAAGUUUAUGGAAUGGGCUUUACAGUGUAUUCAUAUGCACCAUUGUUCUGAAGACACACAUAGGUACAGAUGGAGCUGCAAUACUCUCCAAGAGGUACAGUUUCAUUUAUCAGCAUUUAGAACCUUCUUGGACACAGCUGGUGACAACUUAAGUGGCAAGAUUUUCACUGAGGCAUUUGAUGCGGUCUGCUUCCCCCUUACACUCUUCUCAAGUUUAUUUGAACCUGGAUGGUCUUCUGGGAGUUCAGCAGUCUCCAUUAAGGGCCUUUUAUCAUUGCUGGUGGAAGGAGGCGCUGACAAUGUAAAUCAGUGUUUCCUUGAAGCAGCACGCUUUGGAAGUACUGAACUUGUACGCAUUCUGCUGGAGGUUGCAUAUCAGAAUAGCUUGGCUGUGGACACCGAGCUGGCUCUAGUGUAUGCUUCUCAUUACUGCAAGUUUAGCACAAUGGAAUGCCUAGUUGAUGAAGGGAACGUGAGUUCUUUCCUUAGCCCUCUGAUAAAAGCUGCAGAGCGUGGGUGCUUGCAGGUUGUCCACUGGUUCGUCAGUCGAGGCAUCUCUGACAUUGAGAUGUGCCUUGCCCUGACGACUGCUGCCUCCAGUGGCCAUUUCAUGGUCGCCUCGUACCUGCUUGCACAUAUCCCCCAGCAAAUCCUUGAAGCUCUCAGCACACAGAUCCUCAAAGCUGCAAGGGGCCAGGGCAGCAGGUCGCUUGAUGGUGUCACCUUCCUUCUGAGAUCCAACUUCCUAAGAGACGCAGCUGCAACAUACGAGGCCGCAGACAUCAUUGCAACCGGGGGCACCGACGGCGAGCCCCCAGACCUGGUUGCCUUCCUGAAAGAACACUGGUCCCAGGGUGCGUUUGCUGAAGGGGUGAGCACCGGCGAAAUGCACUUCGUGAAUGUCAUGAGGGUCCUCAGGAGAGGUGCGUCCCCGAUCUGCCUGGAGGACCUCCCGUCUGAGAUGGUGCUCGGCAUCACGUACCUGCCACUGUACCGUGAGUGUGUGAGCGCGGGUGGGCAGCUGCUACCCCAAAGGCUGAGGGGGGAGCUGCUGGAGGCGGUGCACCGGCUCGGUGAGCCUGUUGGCACGGAGAGCCAGGGGAAGGACCUUGUGCGGGCACUAGAGCGCCACAUGCCGUCGUUCUUGGUUGGAUCUUGA